AGGGGCUCUAUCUGCCGCCGGAGAUGUGGAAAGCUACUCAACGUCCCAUUUCGACAACCUUUCGUGGACGACGUGUGUAAAGGGACAAAAUGGUACUCUGACCCAGAGAAAUUUGGAGUGCUAGGAUGACUUCUCGCUUGCCAACAAACGUAAAUAUUAUCGUAUCACGAGGGCGGCUUAUUUAUCUUCUUGGAGAAUACGCUUUUUAUCGGACGAGGGCGGUAUCGGCUCUUCUCCACAACUUCAAAAACCUACUACCCGAGCUCCAUCUCGGCAGCAUCACAUCUCUCGAACUAAUAUGCUAUGUCGAAUGUUUCACGGCCGUUGAAUCCCGGCCCGGGCACGAGUAUUGCUUGGAUCUCCCCAAUCGCCUUAUCGACAACUUCCCCAGUUUAAAAUCACUAAAACUAUUAGCACAAACAAGAGAGUCUCAAAUUGAUCUGGUGCUGAGUCCGUUUGACGGGGCACUUGGGCCAUUAGAUCGAAUUGUCGCACACUACGGAGCUGUCCGCCUGUCCUCCUGCUGGUUAUUAUUUCCAGGGUUAUUGCAAGCUCCGCAAUUGGUUGGGAGAUGACGUUAAACCGGUCUUGAAAAACCCCUGGAUCGGCAGUCCGACAGAAUUUUGGCGCUCCGUAGACGAUUCUAAACCAGAUGUUGGCUAUUGGAUUGGAGCCAUCGAUGAAACUCUCCCGAUAAGUAGGUUCAGAAUUGACGGUUCUCGUCGGACUACUUCAUACCUGCGGUACCAAACGCUAACGUCUAUAUGUAGAU